UGCAAGCGCUCCUGCUUCCCCUCGACCAGGCGGAACCUGCUCGGCGGGGCCUGGUGGCCGAAAAAGAACUUUUCUUUCUCCCGCCCCAACGGUCACCGCGGCCAACUGCCUCGCCCGCCUGGCAGCCUAGCCCGCCUUCUUUUCUCCUCUCCGGCUUGGCUCGGCCCUGUCUCCCUCUCGCCCAGCAGUAUCCGCUUGCUGCUGCCGUCGCCUCCUCGUCUUCUGCCCGGCCAGCCCGCCUGCUCCGCUGCAGUGAUGUGCGACAAGGAGUUCAUGUGGGCCCUGAAAAACGGAGACUUGGACGAGGUGAAAGACUACGUGGCCAAGGGAGAAGAUGUCAACCGGACACUGGAAGGCGGAAGGAAGCCUCUUCAUUAUGCAGCAGAUUGUGGGCAGCUUGAAAUCCUGGAAUUUCUGCUGCUGAAAGGAGCAGAUAUUAAUGCUCCAGAUAAACAUCAUAUUACCCCUCUUCUGUCGGCGGUCUACGAGGGUCAUGUUUCCUGUGUGAAAUUGCUUUUGUCAAAGGGUGCUGAUAAGACUGUGAAAGGUCCAGAUGGACUGACUGCCUUGGAAGCCACUGACAACCAGGCAAUCAAAGCUCUUCUACAGUGAUGGAUGGAUGGACUGAUAACUUGGGAAGAAUGACUCUCCUGUGGCCUCACACUGCUGCCUGUCUGUCUGUCACUCUCUAUCUGCCAGCUUCUUCAGCUAAAUACUUUAAGAGGGGUGAGGGGAGAGAGAAAUUCAUAACAAAUCAGACUACCAGAAAAAAACAAUGUUUCGGAGGAGGGGGAAAAAAACCAUGAUCAGGCUUUUUACUGGGAUUCCUGAUCAAGUCAGCCUCUUUUCCAUUUCUAAUAAAAUAUACAGCUUAUACCCAAGGGAGAGCAAAGACAAAAUAUACUGGUAACAUUUGACCUUUUCAGCUCCCUAGCUAAUUUAUUAAUUAGAUCGUGUAGAAGGUCUGAUUUCUACAAAGGCCACCUCUACAUAUUUGGUAGCCCUGACUGUGUGAGCAGUAGUGGCUGCUGCGAUGUAAACUUAGGGUGCUGAGAUAAGCAAUUAGCUACAGCCUUCUGCCUUAAGAAUGCACUCUCCUGGGGAUUUCCUGGCAUAGGGAAGAGCGCUGCCUGUGGUUGGUGACCAAAUUUUUCCUCAGUGACUUUAAGCUUUAUGUAAAAGCUUAGUUAAUGUGAUGAGGGGCACACUCCUAAAUUGCUGGAUGACUGAACUUUGGAUUUUCUCUCCCCUUUUCACACAGAUUUCAUGUCUCUUUAGAUAAAACUGACUAGUUUUAUUUAUAAAAUCUUAAAUUUUGGAAGUCUAAAGGAGAAAUCAUUCCAGUAUGCAUUUUUUUUUCUCUUCCAGAUUCAGACAUUUGUAUAACAUUGAAACACUUUCAAACUCCUGCUGGUAGUAAAAGGGGAUUUAAAAGUAGAACCUUAGCCAUAGCGUGUAGUAUCAUAUAAAGAGAGAACAGCUGUCCUAUCACCUAUGGAUUUUCUUCAUUUGCUAUUUGAGUGGAUUGACCUGCGUUGUGUUUGCAGAAUCUAGGAACAUUCUUUGGAAUGCCUCUCUGAGAUGCAUCUUGGAUGCUGAUUGCUUAUUGCACCAAAGCUAUCACUGGGGUGAGAUUUACUAUUUGGACAAAUUUAGCCCCAUCCCUUCAAAAAUACGCUAGUUACCAGGUUUCCCCGAGUUGUUGAUAACCUUCUGCUGAACAUAUGCCAACCCACCUGCAUAAUAUUUUUUUUGUUUUAUGAAUCAUGCAUAAAGUGUGACAACUUCAAAAUAUAUUGUGUUCUUAGAAUACAGUGUUCUAAAAUGGUGUUCUUCAGACAUACAGAAAAUGUUUAGACCCAUCUCCAAAUGUUUAUUUCAUGAGCAGCACAACUAAUUAAAACAUAUAACCUUAAAUUUGAUAUCCUGCAUUUAAAAUAUUAAGAUUCCUUUGACUUGCUGUCCAUGUAAGCUUACUAUAAAAGUAUUAGCGUUUUUCCUUAGCCAAGUCAUGCAAUAAUUGAAUGUACCUCAAAUUUUUAGAGGGGGGAGGGUGAGUUAGGGACUUGUAGUCGGAUUGUGGGUAGUAAAGAAUUAAUGAUGAUCUUUUAAGGCAAUGGAACAUUCUACAGCAGGGUUAAACUAUUAUCAAGAACAGUCAGCCUGGCUCGUCGGUUUUAUUGACCAAUUGCUGAUUAGUUGGCAUUUGGAUUUGUGUGUGCGUGUGUGUAUCUUUCCCCAUGAACCCUUUUUUUAUCCUGUGGCUUUUUCACUUACAACUAGCCUAACCCUGUAAUUUUCCUACAUCCAAGAAAACAAUCACAAAGUUGAGGUCUAAAUGCUUUGAUAUAUUUGGCUAAUUCUGCUGUCUUAAUGCAACCUGUUAGAGUUGGAUUUAAAAAAUCGGUGACAGUACUUUAUUACAUCACUGAACUAUAAUAUCGAGACAUCCUCAUUGAAAAUGGAGGGCACUCUAUCAGUGUAUAACUAUCAACGUAGUGCGAAAGGGUGUUUUGAUUUCUUUGUUCUCACCUCUUGGCAUAAUGCUAUUUAAACAGCUUGAAUUUUAUGCAUUACGCAAUUUUCACCUUUACUUUCCAGAGUGUUUUGUUGUAGUUGGCUGUUGCAGAGAGUGCAUUGUCCUAUUAUUCCUAAACCAGAUCUUCUUUCUACAGUCAUGAUGGUAUAGAAACCAUGUGAUUCUUUGUAUGGUUUAUCCUGAUAUUCCUUGUAAUGCAGUAGAGGCUAUUUCGCCUUCCUCCUCCUUCCUCAGCCAUUUUGUAAACCCCAUAAUUAUGAAGCGAUUGCUUGAGAAAAUAACAUAUAAACAUAGAAUAGAAUAGACUGACCAAGAUGGUUUGCAAUUUCUUUUUUUUUUUUUUGACUAGGUUAUUUAUAAUGUAUUUCUGAACCACUUGGCAGAGAAAUUCACACUUUAAAUGUUCAUAUUUGGAGUAAAUGAAACUAAAACUAUGUCUGCUUUUUGGUACUACAUGCAUUAGCAAAAGGUUAAGUAAGUUUUGUUCUCCACUGAAGUAAUAUUUAACAUCUCAGAAAAACUAUUGCAUGUUCUGUAAUUUUGUAUUAAGUCAGUCAUUUCGUAUGCACUAUGUCAAGUAACAUACAGGUGGUUUACCUGUUUACAGUAGUGUACUAACAAAUUCUUCCUUGCAGCUUUCGGACUGGUAUCUAUAGACUUUUAGUUUAAAUACAGCACCUGAGUAUCCCAAGUAGUUCUACUAUGCAUAGCUCACCUUUCUAAACCCCGUUGGCACAGAAGGAAGGUAAGUAGGUAGGUAGUUAGGUGCAGUGUGUGGAAGCUGCAAACAAGUAGGCCCUUUAUUCAUUGAUUUCUUUCCCCAUGUAACAGAUUUUAAAUCUAUAUGUACCUAUUUUUUUUUUAAACUUCAACUGAGCUGCUGUUUUCUUCCAUGCAAUAUUGUAUACUCAAUUGUGUAUAGAAGAAGCUGGUGAGAGUGCCCUCCUACAUAAAUAAGCAAUUGCAGUGUUUUGCAUGCAAAAUUUUAAAAAUUUAAAUUGUCCUGAUUCUAUUUUGUAAAUGGAGAAACAAUCAUAUCUUUCUAAGCAGUAAUGGAGGAAGACUAGUGCUUUGUGCAUUUUGAUAUAUUUGAGUUCAUUUUUCCACAAUGUUAUAUACUUUUGACACAAUUGAGUUUCUCAUAAGUAUCCUAGUUCAUGUACAUCAGAAUGCUAAAUAAUACUGUGUUUAAGUUUUGUGUUGCAAGAACAAAUGGAAUAAACUUGAAUUGUGCUACAA